CUUACUUAUGGUCGAAACUCAGAAUUCCCUAGGGAUUUUUGAGGGGAAGCCUGGCAGUCUGCUGUUCAGUUAUAGCCAGCAGUUGCUGUCGAGCAACAAGUUUUAUACGGCUGGUAAACUGAUUGCUUGGUCGAUAGCACACAAUGGGCCAGGGCCACGGUGUAUCAAUAGACACCUGUUCUGUAUGAUGUGUGGCCAGAAGACAUCUCUUGAUGACUUUGAUGUCGAGGUCUUCAUGGACGAAGACAUUAAACAGAACAUAGAAAAGGUUUCCAACUGCAGCACCCCAGAAGACCUGGCAGACUUGAAAAGUCACCUUGGGGACUGGAUUGCAGGCUGUGGUAUCCCUGACAUCUACACUGCCACACUACUUGAUGUUAAGAGGAUAAGGGGCGAGAUUGUAUCUCAUUUUGCGUUUCACAGGGUUGCCAGCAUGAUUCAACAGUUUGUUGCCGGUAUGGACUCGUGUGGUCAGUUCUGGCAAAUGGUGAAGAGAUGCUGGAAGCAGUUCCUUCCUGUAUUUACAAAUGCAGGAAAUAAACUUACAAGGAACAGCUUCCAGGAUCUCUUCACCAUUGGAUGGAGUCCAGCUGGAAGUAACAGACGUGAAGAAGAGGAAGCCACCAUCUUUCAGUGGGAAUGGUGGCUUAUGGCCAUUCAGGGUGAGUACAUAGAAUACAACACAUGUCUUGGUUCUGUUUGAAUUGCUUCAGGCAUCUCAUGUUAAAUACAGUG